GUUAACAGGUUGAAAAUUUUGUGUUCUGACUACCAAGCAGAUAAUUAUCGUCAUUCUCAAAUUUCCCAAAUUAGAUAUGCAGUUCAUUAGCAGAGAAGUUGUUUGAGAGUAGUAAAUUAUGACUACCGUUAUGUGCGCUAGAAUUACACAAAAUCAUACUCCAAGGUCCCAAUAGAUUAUGGAAUGGAUCCGAACUAAAGUUCCUGUGGAAAUAACUGGAAAACUCAACAUUUUGAAAUUAUGACGCUUUACAGCUGUUGUCGAUCAACAUCAUCUUACACAAAACGGCCAUCGAUCGACAAUAUGGCUUCAACACAAUCGCCAACCUAUCUAAGUCUCAUCAUCAUUGCCGCCCUUAUAUCGUUUGUCAGCGGUGUACAUGUUCCUGGUCCGGGGCCAGGACAAUAUGUAGCUUUCCCACGGCGACGUUCAUCUAACGAUGGCGGUGCUCAGAUGCAAUCACGUGCCGUCGAUACACGAAUUCAAUUGGAGGUUCUCGAGGGUGACCCACGUGGUACAGUUGUUGGCUAUAUACCCACACGGCCUGACUUUACAUAUCGAUUCAAUGAGCCGCCGCGAGAAUUCACAUUGGAUCAGAACACGGGUGAAAUAAAAACAAAUGCAAUUCUAGAUCGUGAGGAUCGCGAUCGUUAUGAUUUGGUUGUAUUAUCGAGUCAGCCAACAUAUCCGAUUGAGGUUCGAAUUACAGUUCUCGAUAUCAAUGACAAUGCACCUGAGUUUCCCGAGCCGAAUAUUGCAGUGUCGUUUUCAGAGAGUGCUGCUUCUGGUACAAGGGUGUUGCUUGAUGCGGCUACUGAUCGUGAUAUAGGGGUGAACGGCAUAACGGACAAUUAUCGAAUCGUUGAUGGAAAUUAUGAAGAUAAAUUCAGACUAGCCGUCACAACGAACCCUAGUGGUGAUGUCUCCUACCUGCACCUUGAGACAACAGGGAAAUUAGAUCGGGAGUCACGUGGAUUCUAUACACUGAAUAUAUCGGCAACAGAUGGAGGUGAACCUCCCCGAAGCGGCUAUCUUCAAGUCAACGUAACUAUAGUGGAUGUCAACGACAAUCCGCCAAUCUUUGAUCACAGUGAUUAUAUUGCGGCUCUGGAUGAGAACGUUCCGCCCGGAACAUCCGUUCUCAAGGUGACUGCCUCAGACAGCGAUCUUGGCGAUAACAGCAAGAUCACUUACUACUUAGCCGAUACAGAAACUCAAUUUACCGUUGAUCCAGAAACUGGAGUGAUCUCGACAGCCGAACGUCUUUCAUGUCCAGAGCAGACCUGUCCAACCUAUAAUCACCUGGUCGCAGAGAACAGUGGAAGUAGCGCGGUUGGAUCCACGUCAACGAGCUGUCCCAAAAGUUGCGUCUUCACCGUAUUUGCAAGAGACCAUGGAUCACCUCGUCAGGAUGGACGGACUUAUGUGACUGUGAAUCUAAGAGAUACAAAUGAUCACGAUCCGAUAAUACAGUUUCGGUAUUUUCCGUCCACUGUAAGUGUUGCAACUGUUGACGAAAAUGCACCAAAUGGUAGUGUUGUAGCCACUGUGUCGGUUGUUGAUAUGGACCAGGGUUUGAAUGGCGAGACAAGUAUUAAGAUUUUGUCCGGGAAUGAAAUGCAGCACUUUAGGCUGGAAAAGACGCCAAGCUUUGAUAUUGUUCGCGUUAAUGGUGUUCUCGAUCGAGAAGAGAUUGGAAAAUACAACUUGACCGUUCUGGCAACAGACAAAGGCACUCCUCCAAGAACUGCAACUGCAUACUUGAUUAUACAUGUAAACGAUGUAAAUGAUCAUGACCCGGUUUUCGAGAAGUCAGAAUACUCAGCGGUAUUGAGCGAAUUGGCACCGAUCGGAACGUAUGUGGCUAGUAUUACGGCUACUGAUGAAGAUACAGGUGUAAAUGCCCAAAUAUUUUAUGACUUCGUAUCUGGAAAUAACAAACAGUGGUUUGCUAUCGAUUCUGCAUCAGGACUGAUCACAACUCAGGCGUCUCUCGAUCGAGAAGUUCAAGGAACUGUGGAGCUAAGCAUUUCAGCUCGCGAUGGAGGUCCUAAUCCGAAAUGGGCCUACACUCAGUUGAAAGUGACUAUUCUUGAUGAAAAUGAUGAAGCACCACAGUUCUCGCAGCAGAGCAUAAACGUGAGUUUGAGCGAAAAUACACCACCAAACACUUUGGUUGCAAUGCUAACAGCCGCAGAUCACGAUCAAGGUACUAAUGGCAGCGUUACCUAUAGCCUUCCAACGAUCUUACAACAUAAAUAUCCUGAUAUGUUCGCCCUUGACUCGUUAACUGGUCAAUUAACCACAAAAUCGCGACUUGAUCGUGAAAAAAUCGCGCAAUAUGAGAUUCUUGUUGUUGCACGUGAUCAAGGCAUACCACCACAAUCCUCUACUGCAACUGUAUAUCUUAAUGUUGAAGAUAUUAACGAUAAUAGUCCGGAAUUUUAUCCCAAGCAAUAUUUCGUAACGAUUGCCGAUGAUACAAAAGUGGGCACGUCAUUACUAAAAGUCCAGGCAAGUGAUCGUGAUGAUGGCGAUAAUGCCAUUGUUACGUACAGCCUAGAACAGGGAGGCACGGAUAGUCUCUUUACCAUCGAUAGUUGGACCGGGGUGAUUAGUCUCAGGGGUAGUUUGCAAUCAGUAUCGAAUCCUUCUUUCAAGCUGAUUGUGUCGGCAAAAGACCGAGGCGAUCGACGAUCGGAAAAAGAUGCAAUUGUUGAGAUUGUAAAACAGUCUAAAAUGGAGAGUUUGGAGUUCGAUUCGGCUGGUGGUUACGAGUUUCAGAUUACCGAGGAUCAUGAUGCUGAAGAAGCGAAGAUUGGACGCGAGGUCGGCAAAGUUCAUGCUGGUGCAUCGUCCGCGAUUUCCGGCCAUCAAAAUAUCGAAUAUCUUAUUGUCUAUGGGGAUCCUGAUGAGAAUUUUCAAGUUGACCAAAGAUCUGGCCUUAUUACGACUGCUAGAAAGAUUGAUCGUGAAUCAUCGCUUUCUUACUCAUUAGUAGUGGUAGCUCGAGCACAUCUUGCAUAUGGAAAAACUACAGUGAAUAUAUCUGUGCUAGAUUUGAAUGAUAACGCACCGAUCUUCACUCACGAUCGUGAUGAAAUUCGCCUGGCCGAGAAUGCAGCAGUCGGGCAAGAAGUGUAUUUGUCACGUGCUCGUGAUCGUGAUUCCGGAAUAAAUAGUCGUGUUACGUACAGUCUUACAUACAAUCCGGACGAUCAGUUUCGUAUUAGUGAGGCUACCGGUGUUUUAUAUCUUAAUCGUCCGAUAAGAUCAGAUCCUGAGACAAUCGUGCAUGUAGAACUAACCGCAACGGACGGAGGAUCACCGCCGCUAUCUUCAAAGAAUUCAAUUAAAAUCAUUAUUGCUGAUGUUAAUGAUCAUACGCCGGUUUUCGAUCAUACAUCGUACGAAACAUCGUUGUUGGAAUCAACUGCCGUGAAUGCUCGGUUCUUCGCAUUGGCUGCUUCGGACGCAGAUAUUGGAGCCAAUGGAAGAAUCUCAUAUAAUAUUAUUGAAGGAAAUUCAGAAGAAAAGUUUGGAAUAUUCCCUGAUGGUUAUCUUUUCGUUAAGUCGCAAUUGGAUCGGGAGGAAAGGGAUUACUAUUCACUGACGGUGGCUUGUAGUGAUCAUGGUAGUCCAUCGCGAUCGUCUAUUGUUCCCGUGAUUAUACACGUGAUUGACGAAAAUGACAAUGCUCCACAAUUCACUAAUUCGACUUUCACAUUCAGCAUUCCGGAGAAUGAACCAGUAGACUCAUUUGUUGGGAAGCUAACCGCUGUCGAUCGCGAUAUUGGCCGAAACGCUGAGCUGAUCUUCUCUCUGUCAUCACGUGAGUUGGAUUUCACGAUUGAUCCUCGAAAUGGUUUCAUCAAAACUCUGCAUCCUUUCGAUCGAGAAGCCCUUGUACAACUUACUGGACAGAACUAUUUGCAGUUGGAGGCGACUGUGAGUGAUAAUGGGGUUCAAAGACUUAAGGAUAAGGUUAAAGUGAAAAUAUUUAUUACGGACGUCAAUGAUAACGCGCCGCAGUUUUUGAGGGCUCCUUAUAAGAUUCAAAUUUCGGAAGGAUCGCCUGUUGGAUCGCAGUUGAUAAGGAUAUAUACAGUUGAUGCCGAUGAAGGACUAAAUGGAGACGUGUUUUAUUCGAUUACCGGCGGAAAUGAGGAAGGAAGAUUUAUGAUAGAUGCUGCAACGGGACAAGUAACUCUGGCAAGGAGAGUGGAUCGGGAAACAAAAUCUUCUUAUAAACUUACAAUUGUCGCACAAGAUGCAGCACUUAAAGGUCCUUUGAAUACUACAACUACUAUUAGUAUCGAAGUUUUAGAUGAAAAUGACAAUGCACCUGAGUUUACUCAAACGGAUACAAAAAUUUCUGUGAAGGAAACCAGUCCGAUUGGGACGGAGCUCAUGCGCUUCAGAGCGAGCGAUUCUGAUUUGGGAAUAAACAGUCAAAUUACGUUUUCGAUUUCCGCAGGCAAUAGGAAAGAUACUUUCCAUAUAGAUCCAAAUGCAGGCUUCCUAUAUUUGCAUAAAUCUCUGGACUAUGAAGAGACAACAUCGUAUGCUCUGAAUGUCACCGCAUCGGAUGGUGGAAACCCCAGACUUUCAACGACUAUCAUGUUCAUUGUUAAUGUUGUGGAUGAAAAUGAUAAUCCUCCAAGUUUUCCGAAUACAGCUAUAGUAAGACAAAUUCGGGAAGGUAUACCUGUCAAGACGCCAAUUGUUACUGUAACCGCUGAAGAUCCAGACUCUGGAGUGAAUGGCAAGGUUACAUACAGGAUAUCCAAUCAGGAGCCUGAAAAUCAUUUAAGACAUUUCGGUAUUAACGCUUCAACGGGAGUGAUUCAUACCCUUCGACAAAUCGACCGGGAAGCUAUCGACACGUUCCGCUUGACUGUUGUCGCAACUGAUCAAGCAGAAAAUCCUCAGGCACGCCUUUCUGCUGAAAAGCUUGUUACUGUCAUUGUUGAGGAUAUUAAUGAUAAUGCACCAAUCUUCAUAUCCAUGAAUGCCGCAGUACUUCCUCUGAAGGAUAUUCGAAUCGCUCCAGGACGGGAGGGUUCCAUUGUUAUGCACGUACAAGCUCGCGAUGCAGAUUCAAGUACCAACGGACUCGUUACCUACGAAAUGGUUAGCGGGAAUAGUGAACUUUUCAGGCUUCAUCGAAGCACCGGAGCGAUCUCCCUACGUAAAAUGAUUCCCCAUCCAGAACCUCGCUAUCAGCUGGCGGUAAAGGCUACUGAUGAAGCUGUUCAAGCUGAGCGUAAAAGUUCCGAUGCUUAUAUAACCAUAAUAUCAAGUGGUAUUCCUGGUAGUGGUAGUGGAAGUAAUGGUGGCCCAGUGUUUGACCAACGCGAUCAAAUCGGUAGCGUUUAUGAAAAUGAGCCGGCGGGUACGAGCAUUUUAACGGUAUCGGCGCGACUUAAUUCCGCAGAAAUUGAAUAUUAUGUAACGAAUGUGACUGGUGAUGGACGCCAGGUGGAUCGUUUAUUUGAUAUUGAUACCAAGUUGGGAAUAUUAUCAACGGUUGGCGAGUUGGAUCGAGAAAAUGGAAUAGAAACGUACGAGGUGGAGGUUUAUGCUAUCGCGCUUGGAGGACAACCGAGGACUAGUAGUACAAAGGUAGGUGUUAUUUCACUUUAG